AUGCCUCCCCAGCGCAAGCUCUUUGCCGCCAUGGCCUCAAAGGACGGUGGUGCGUACGGCACCCCGGCCGGCGACACUGACUUUCGCAAAAGUACGACCCGGAAGAGGAAGAAGUACGUUCGGCAACCGACGGGCAACGAGGCCCUCAUAUCCGCGCGCAAGGCUGCCCUCGAUGUCAGCGACCGCGUGGGAAAGGUGCAGCUGGUGCCCGCGGGCUCGUCGACGGGCAAGCGAGGCAGAGGAGCCGGCUUCUACUGCGAGGCGUGCGACCUUACGUUUAAAGACAAUAAGCAGUUCAUCGACCAUUUGAACACGAUGCAGCACUUGAUCGCGACGGGCCACACGGGCAAGGUCCAGCGCGCGACCGUGCAGGAGGAGGAGAAGAAGAAGGUGGAGAAGGAGGAAGAGGCCAAGGCGAAGUUAGACUAUGGCGAGGAUGUGCGGAUAGAAGGCGAGCACGACGAGGACGAUAUGAUGGCGCAGAUGGGGUUCACGGGGAUUGUCCGCGGCCUUUUCGUAUGCUACUAG